AUGCCACGACAAGCAAUUGCAGAAGCUAAAUUACGAAAAUUGCUUGAAUUAAAUGACAAAUUAAAAGAGCAAUUGGAAAUAUCCCGCAUACCUAUUUCAGAAGCAAGUCGAUCACUCAUUGAAUACUGUCAGACAAACCAAGAUAUGAUGAUACCAUCGGUAUGGGGAAAUAGAAAUCCUGAUCCGUUCGCAGAACCCACAGCUGGAUGUGGUUGCAUUCUCAUGUAA